AUGCCGCCGCCGCCGCCGCCGCCGCCGCGCCGCCUCCCCCUCCUCUUCCUCCUACUCGCCGUCCUGCUCGGAAGCACCGCCAGCGCCCUCUCCAUCCCCGCCGCCGCCGCCGCCGAGAUAACAGUCGCCUCGCACCCGGCGGCCACCCUCCGCCUCCCGCCGGCGGAACCCCUCGCCGGGGACGGCCGGGGGCCCUUCUGCACGCGCGUCCACCUCCGCGGCCGCGCCUCCCGCUUCCGCGACCCGUCCCGCUUCUUCCACGCCCUGCGGCUCCGCGCCAACGCCUCCCGCCCCGACGCCCUCGAGCUCUGCUUCCACCGGAAUGCCACGAUUGGUCCGUGCAAGUGCGCCGCGUCGCAGUGGCACAAGGUGCCCAAGAGCGGCCUCUGGGCGCAGUCCCUCUCGCCGUACGACCGCCGGAUCCUCGACUUUCGGAUGCCCGCGGACCCUUCGAGAUCCGUUGUGGUGUCCACGGAGGAAGAGUUCUUGCUCCAUAGGGUGGUGUUCCUGGUGUUGGGGAUGGUGCUGAUGGCUCUGGCCCACACGCUUAGUCAGUCACUGGUGUUCUACUAUGGCGGGGCCAUGACGAUCGGCAUUUUCCUUGUGCUGCUGAUUAUACUCUUUCAGGGAAUGAAGCUUUUGCCUACUGGCAGAAAGAGUUCGCUUGCUAUUUUUGCAUACUCUUCAGUUGUUGGCAUGACAACAUAUUUUCUGCACUAUUUGUCGGGACUGCUGCGUGCAAUUCUUGUGGAAAUGGGAAUCGCCGAAGACAUGCAUAAUCCUCUGGGUAUAUUCCUUCUCGUUUGCGUCAUCCUAGCUGGAGCCUGGUUUGGUUUCUGGGGUGUCCGUAAACUUGUUCUAACGGAAGAAGGAUCUGUUGAUGCUGGCGUGGCGUAUUUCGUCGAGUGGGCUAUCUUGAUUGUUUCUGCUGUCUUGAUCCUCCAGAGUUCUCUGGACUAUCUCCUUGCAUUUGCAGCUUUAGUCUUUUGCAUAAUCAUCAAGACAGUUUCAAGGAUCGAAGGGAUGUCAAGAUUUAUGCGCCAUUUAUCAAGUGGACUUUCCAAGGGAAUCACACGUGGCCUCUCCCGCUAUGAAGAUUUGGGAGGGUAUUCCAACACGAAUGGAGCUCACAAAGAUGGGUUCAGCAAGCUUCAUGGUGAAUACCUGAAACAUACGCCAAGAAGAAAUUCACCUCUUUCAGGCUCACAGAAGAAAACAUCGUCACAAGUUCUUGAUAGGGACAGCUACUAUUCGACCUACCACACUACCCCAGAGAGGAGAAAGUUUACGAAAGAGGAAUACGAAGCAUUCACCAAAGAAGAGACAAGAAAAGGUAUGCAGCAGUUACUGUCCUCGCCGGAUUUCAACAGGUGGGCGCUCGCCAAUGCGGACAGGAUAUCAGUGACUCCAGCAGGAUCUGGACGAAGCAGCAGCAGAAGCCAGGAGCGACAUCGUUUCUUCGGACUGUUUUAA